AUGCAUAGCACAGAAAAUAAUAGAUACAUCGUUCAGGUGUAUGUAGGAGCUCUAUCAGCUCUCUAUGAGGCACUGUCAGUUGAAGCUAGCAAGCAAACAACAUCAGAAGAGAUAGUUUCUUGUAUAGUUGAGAGGCUAUCUUUAAAUGACAAUGCUUCCUACGAGUUAGCUGAGGUAAUAGGAGAUGAUUUUGGCCAGGAGUGCAAGGAGAGGAGCUUGUCUGCUCAUGAAAGUCCAGUACAACUUAUGAUGCUGUGGCCAAAACACAGACCAGAUCAUUCCUCCUAUAGGUUUUAUUUAAGGGAGAAGGUUAAUGAUUAUGUGUGGAGAGACCAAUUUGUGAUGGACCCCCAACUUAUUAAAGACUACUUCCAUAGGUUCCUUUAUCAGCCGAAAGAUAGAGAAUAUCCAGAUCUAUGCCAACUGCCCGAUCUUAAUGAACAAACUUUACUGGAUAACCUCAGAGCUAGAUUUGUUGCUGGACAUAUUUAUACUUAUGUAGGAUCUAUAUUAAUAGCUUUAAAUCCAUUUAAAUUUUAUCCCAUUUACAAUCCAAAAUAUGUGAAACUGUAUCAGAACAGAAGAUUAGGACCUAAUUUACCUCCUCACAUAUUUGCAGUGGCUGAUACUGCUUAUCACUGCAUGUUAAAAGACAGAAAAAAUCAGUGCAUAGUUAUUAGUGGAGAAAGUGGUUCGGGAAAGACUGAAAGUACUAAUUUUUUAUUGCAUCACUUGACAGCGUUAAGCCAGAAGGGAUCACAUGGUAGUGGAGUGGAACAGACUAUACUUAGUGCCGGGCCUGUGUUAGAAGCUUUUGGGAAUGCUAAGACUGCUCAUAAUAACAAUUCGAGUCGAUUUGGAAAGUUUAUUCAAGUCAACUACAAAGAAAAUGGCAUGGUUCAUGGCGCUGUGGUUCAAAAGUACCUUCUGGAAAAAUCUAGGAUAUGCUCGCAAGGAAGAUACGAAAGGAACUACCACGUGUUUUAUUAUUUAUUAGAAGGCGCAAAUGAACAAGAAAAGCAACAGCUCCACCUCAAACGACCCGACCAAUACUAUUACCUCAACAAAUCGUGCAGUGCCUUGGAUAAUACGGACGAAAGCUACGAAUUUUCCAGAUUAAAGCAGUCCAUGGAAAUGGUGGGUUUUACCACUGAAAAACAAAGGAGGCUUUUCUCGGUAUUAUCGGCCGUGUUGUUGCUCGGCAAUGUUGAGUUCCAACCUAGAAAAUCGGCGUACCACCAUGACGAGGCGGUUGGUGUCAAAAAUCCGGAGGUUGUAGCUUUAAUAUCAGAGUUGCUCCGAGUUAAACAAGAAACACUAAUGCAAGCAUUAACCGCCAAACGAGCCCGUGCCUCAGGGGAAACCCUCGUCAUCAACUACCGGCUGCCUGAAGCCAUUGCCUCUCGAGACGCAAUGGCUAAAUGCCUCUACGGCGCGCUUUUUGACUGGAUCGUUCUCCAAGUCAACCAUGCUCUCUUAGCCAAAAAGGACACUCUUCGAGAACACCAGGGAAAUUCAAUAGGCGUCUUGGACAUUUUCGGGUUCGAGGAUUUUGGACUGAACAAUAGUUUUGAACAAUUGUGCAUAAACUACGCCAACGAACAUCUUCAGUAUUACUUCAAUCAGCAUGUUUUUAAGUAUGAACAAGAAGAGUAUAGGAAAGAGUGUAUUAGGUGGACUAAUAUAGAGUUUAUGGACAAUACAGGAUGUUUGCAGUUAAUAGAAGGAAAACCAAAUGGGCUUAUUUUUCUGUUGGAUGAUCAGUGCAACUUUCCUGGUGCGACGAACGAAACUUUACUUCAAAAGUUUAAUACCGUUCACAAAGACAACAAAUUCUACCAGAAACCGCAGAAGAAAGAGGGCGCCUUCAUAAUAGUCCAUUACGCGGGAAAAGUGAAGUACCAAGUAAUGGAUAUGCGGGAGAAGAACCUCGAUCUGAUGCGACAAGAUAUCGUAGGAGUUCUAAAAAACAGUUCCAUGGCGUUUGUCCGAGAAUUGGUGGGAGCCGAUCCUGUCGCCGUGUUUAGGUGGGCUAUUGUCAGGGCCUUUUUUAGAGCCUAUUUUGCCUUUCACGAGGCGGGAAGGAAACACCGGCAAGGGAGAGUGGACGGGAAUAAAAAUAACAUCCAGCAGAGGUAUUCGAGGAAUCAUAUACCAAAUGAAAAUCUUAUCAGGAAGAACAAAUCGUUCCGGCCGCGCGAACGCAGCAAGAAGGGACUGAAGAACCUCCAAACGGUCAAAACGUUAGUGGGUAGGACCGGCAUCACUGCUCAACCUCAAGGCCAGUUAGGGAAGGCGAGGAAACAACCGAUGACGGUUACAGCUCAAUUUCAACAAAGCCUGCAUUCGCUCAUGGAUACGCUCAAUCAGGCGAAUCCCUUUUUUAUUAGGUGUAUCAAAUCAAAUGGCAAUAAAAUUCCCAACACAUUCGACGAACAAACAGUACAAAGACAACUACGCUAUACCGGUAUGCUCGAAACCGUUCGUAUCCGACAAGCCGGCUUUAAUGUUCGUUUAACCUAUGAUGAAUUCAUCCAGCUAUAUAGGAUUCUCCUUCCCAAAGGUCUUUUGAGCUCUCAACAUGACGUACGGGACUUCUUGGCUACUCUAAAUCUCGAUAGGGAUAAUUAUCAGUUAGGAAGCACGAAGGUCUUUAUGCGAGAGAGUGAGAAGUAUAAACUGGAUUGUAAACUACAUCAACAAAUUAUGGCUAGUAUAGUGACGUUACAACGAUGGUUUAGAGCAUGUUUGGAGAGAAGACGGUUUUUGAGGAUUAAGACUGCUGUGAUAACUCUUCAGUCGUACUGCAGAAUGUUCUUGGUUCAAAAAUAUAUUAGAAGACUUCAAGCAACGCUGAAGAUACAAAAACAUUGGAGAGGUUACAAAUCUAGAAGUUGGCUACAAAAGCUGAAGACAACACUAGUUAUAUUCCAAGCUCAUUGUAGAGGUUGUAAAGUUCGGAAAAUGAUAUGUGAAAUAAAGAUGAAAGGAGGCAUACCGCCAAGAAGAACUCAGAUUGUUAGUGCGCUUCCUGCUCAUCUCCAAAUAAAACAUGGAAGCUCAGACGAGGCAUUCAUUAGUAAAGAUUCUAGUCUUGAAGAAGUACGUGCAGAUCAAAUCGAUAGAAAACUGUUGGAUUCUGAUGAGAGCAGUGGUAUACCGGAGGAUGACAUUGAUACUACUUCGCACGGAAAAAUAAGUUUAAGGUCAACCGUUUCACUACCGAGCGUGUCAACUCAACAACCUGCUUAUUAUCAUCAUUAUCUCAAUAACUCGGGAAAUUACAGGUAUGAAGACUUAAAACCGGAAAAGAUAACUUUAGAAGUGAUACGAAAGAAGACGCCAAAAUCGCACCAAACUAUCGACUAUUCGGAUUUGGAUUACACUCCUCAGCGUAAAGGCAGUGGAGAUUCGCUAAGUUCUCAAAGGAGCCUGGAGUCCCAACAAAGUUCGGAUUCUCAUUCAAGCGUAACAGUUCGAGAACUUCACAAACAGGAACAAUCUCUACUGGACAAACAAUGGUCAUCUACCAGCACAACCAGUGAUCCUUACUCGGAAAGCAGAGUCACACACUCGGCACCGCCUAUAAUUCGAGAUCGAUCCAUGUGGGACAAAGAACCUGUUACACGAGACUACUACGUCAAAACACCUUUGACCAGAACUGAAGCUGUUAAUUGUUGGGUGCCACCGACUGUGGUUAGGAAAGACAUAAGGCAUAGUGAUUCAAAACACCUAAGAAGCUAUCAACCAGUACGUAGGCCGAACAGGGAAAAAUUUCUGCCCGACGAUCGACCCGACGCCUAUCCGUACGUUCAAACGCCUAAUAAGUUGGAACAAAUCCUAGGACGACCGGAGGCGCCUGCUAGAAAUACGAGAAAGUCGAAGAGAGGACAUGUUAAAAGUUUGGGAGAGGAGGUUACAGAUAGCCUUAGUUUAGAUAAGAAUGUCUUUUUGGGGACCAUAGACGAAUCUAAAGUGCAUCCUGAGUUUAUCAUACAAGAGAGAAAUUCGACAGAUGGUGGGACUAAACAAAGCCUAACGCCGAAACGCCAACGCCAGAAUUUGCCGCAACUCGACCUCAGGCGAAGAAACAGCGACCCGGCUACGAAAGCCGUCAUCUCCGAUCAUCCCGGCGGCCUAGAUGCCAGUCCAUCGAUAAAAACAAAUGAUUACAAGUACGACGUGAAUGCCCUCUCUAUCGCCGGUCACUCGUUCAGAAAAAUACCUAGAAUAUCCAAGGAUGAUCUGUGUAUGUUCUGUAAUACCGAGCUAGAUGCCUUCUACACGCCAGGAUAUAAAUGCACGAAUUGCAAGAAACAGUUUCAUACUAAGUGUAUUCAAAACAAAGUUUUUGAAAUGCCCUGCGAACAACGGCCCAACGCUGAGAUCCGUUCUGGACGCCGAAAACACCGGAAGCACUCCCGAACGCCCUACGAUCUUCGCAAGCCAGAUGAGAGUAAGUUCAGUCUGACGGGAACGUCUGAGUUUAUGGACAGAACUGAUCAAAUUAUAACCGGAGCCGAAGAACUUACUCUCAUGCAGCAGUUUAUAACCGAUAAAAUCAUGAAAAUGGAGUCUGUGGGCGGAAAGAACAGUGACGUCGACAAACUGUUCAAACAGGCUUUAAGGGAGUUCAAGGAUAAUCUGGUGCAGAUUUAUAGCAAUGCAACGAAGCAUAAUAGUUUAGAGACGUGCAAUAUUAAGUACAAGGAUCUCAUUCUGGUUUUUAAUCAGGCGAUGCAAACGGUGUGCCAGCGAGAACAAAAAUCGAACGAUACAGCAGAUUUCCCUGUAACGAUGGGUGUCAAUGCGUUCCGAGGUUUCAUGGACGAAUUUAUGUCAUCUCGAGCCGAAGAAAAGCCUUCAAAAUCCAAAAGGAAAAAGGAGAAAAAACGAAAACUAGAGAUGCACAAACACAACGGCCAUACCUUCCUCUUAACCAUCAUCAAUAUUCCUACUGCGUGCGAGAUCUGCAGUUCGUUCUUCAUGUGGCCCAUAGAACGUGGUUUAGUAUGUCAAAGUUGCAAGAUGACGUGUCACAAAAAGUGUUAUCUCAACGCAAACCAGUGUCUAAAGGAAGCGGGAUUACAAGGUGAAACGAAGAAAGUUUUCGGAGUGCCGCUGGUUACAUUAGUCACGGAGGAUAGCAAAAUACCCUUAGUUAUCGAAAGAUUGCUUAGUACGAUCGAAUUGCAUGGCUUAUAUGCAGAAGGAAUUUAUAGGAAAUCCGGUGUUAGUUCGAAGAUUAAAGAAUUAAAGAAUAGAUUGGAUGAGAAUCCAGAGGAAGUAGAGUUCGAGAGGUAUCAGGUCCAUGUGUUGGCAUCAGUUCUUAAGAGUUUUCUCCGAGAAAUGCCGGAGCCGCUUCUAACGUUCGAGUGCUACGAGAAUUUUAUCACAGCAGCCAAUUUGGAGGUGGAAAGUGAUCGGGUGACCACCCUAUACGACAUCUUGAAGAAACUGCCUCCCCCAAAUUACGAUCUGAUGGAAAGGUUAAUGUUCCACUUAGCUAGAGUAGCUCUUCAUGAGGAGACGAACAGGAUGAGUGCCGCUUCGUUAGCGAUAGUGUUUGCACCGUGUGUGUUAAGGACUAAUAAAGUGGUUCCUGCGCAAGAGAGUCUCAUCGAUAUCAGCAGUCAAACGCAGUGUAUUGAGACCAUCAUCAGAGUGCAACUGAGAAAAAUAAGAAGCACAUUAGAUGACAUCGAUACUUUAGAUACAGCGUGUCAAGCUGCGACCAAUAGACUCUCUAGCUUAAGAAGUUCCAAAGUAUUUACUCCCGACGAGCUUCUGCCUGCUAAUCAACCUUCUCAACAGCCUACCGAUGAGGAAGAACACCUAUUGGAGGACCACAUACAGGAAAUCCAAAAGGAAAAGGAACAUCUUACCUCAACUCUGCCAACGCUCACUCACGCCACUUCUGACGAUGACAUGCUGUCAACAGAUGGCGAUGGUAGUUUGGACGACCUCACGUGCUUAGCCGACAAACGUCACAAUCAGCGGCCGAUAGUGCGUUCGAUCAGCACGGGCCCUAUUCCGAAGUUACGUCGGCAACUUUCGACAGAUGCGAAAUGUUCCGAAGACUGUCCAGACGAUCCUAUUAUGGUGUAAAAAGAUGUUGUGUCUGUGGUUUCUGUUUAUUUAGAAUUACUUUUGUACAUAUAUUACCUAAUCGGGACUUUUAAUGUUGGAAUUGGUGAGACCGCAAACGAAAGUAGAUAAAUUGAGGUUAUGUUAGAUUAGAAGAUUGUGAUAGAUAUUACAACGGUGCAUUUUUAGUGUUUUAUAUUGUGAUAUAGGUUUGGAAAGAAACAAUCUCGAAGUUAGUAGAAAAUAAGUUUAUGGUAGGUAUGACAAUCAAUGAUCAACACCUGCAUGUGGAGAAAUAAUUCUAUGAUUAUAA